AUGUCAACUAUCAGCGCAUGCAAAGCGAAUCUAACGAAAGCGCUCACUGCACUCGAAUUAACUAAAGGUAAGAUACCGCAACAUCUUAUCAAUGCAUUCAUAACAGAACUACCGCCAUCUACCGACGAGCGUCAGCUUCUUGACAGCCGCCAAGAGGCCCUUCGGACGCAUUUGUCGAAUAUGCGCGCAGCCGUUCGCAUACUGCGAGAAAGACAACAAGCUUUUUUAGCUUACGUAAGCAGUUCAGCGGACCAGGAAGCAGACAACGAAGCAUAUCAGGCAUACAUGCAGGAGUCCCGGGUCGAAGACGUAGCAGUCGCAGCGGAGAACCUCAUUCAGGUGCUCCAUACGAACUUGGAAGAAGUUUGCGCACGUCUCGAAAACCUACGCACGAGAACGACAGUCAGUCAACCGCAGGAAAACAUCCCGAUCGAAGAAGACUCGACUACAGAGACGACUCCUCUUACCAAUACUAACCAGCAAGCGCAGUUGUCAGUUCCUCAGCUUUCGCCGAGGGACACUCCACCUUACGGCACAGCAGAUUCCCACUCCGCCACCAUUGUUAACUCGCAGGUUCCGCAUCAGUCGACGGUCCAGCUGGGGAAGCUCACUCUUGAGCCCUUCUCCGGAGACAUCACGCAGUUCCAGAGAUUCUGGCGUGCCUUCGAGGUAGCAAUUCACGACGACGUUACCAUAAGUACGACGUACAAGUUCCUCUACUUGCAAAGCCUCCUCAAAGGCGAAGCGCAGAUUGUGUUGCAAGAUCUGGACCCCGACGAGUGCAACUACUAC